GCCUGGCUGCCCGCACCCUGACCCUCUCCGGGUGGGAGAGCCCGCAGCGCGGCGGGGUCAGAGGCUCCGGGUCCGGUCGCUGCGUGAGGAGCCCCGCUGCGGGAGGCCGGGCCCACCGACCAUGGCCCAUUACAAGGCUGAGCAGGACGACUGGCUGCUUGUCUACCUGAAGUAUUUACUCUUCGUCUUUAACUUCUUCUUCUGGGUGGGCGGGGCUGCCGUCAUGGCCGUGGGCGUCUGGACCCUGGUGGAGAAGAGCGGCUACCUCAGCGUCCUGGCCUCCAGCACCUUCGCUGCUUCCGCCUACAUCCUCAUCUUCGCAGGGGCCCUUGUCAUGGUGACGGGCUUCCUGGGCUUCUGCGCCAUCAUCCGGGAGGACAGGAGCUGCCUCUCCACAUACUUCUGCCUGUUGCUGGUGAUCUUCCUCGUGGAGCUGGUGGCGGGGGUCCUGGCGCACAUGUACUACCAGAGGCUCAGUGAUGAACUGAAACAGCACUUGGCCCGGACGCUGGCGGAGAACUACAGGCAGCCCGGAGCCACGGACAUCACGACCUCAGUAGACCGUCUCCAGCAGGAUUUCAAGUGCUGUGGAAGUAACAGCUCCGCCGACUGGCAGCACAGUGCAUACAUCCUGUCUCAGGAGGCCGAGGGCCGCCGGGUGCCGGACAGCUGCUGCAAGACGGUGGUGGCCCGCUGUGGCCAGCGGGCCCAUCCCUCCAACAUCUACAAGGUGGAGGGAGGUUGCAUCAGCAAGCUGGAACAGUUCCUGGCUGACCACCUGCUGCUCAUGGGGGCGGUGGGCAUCGGGGUGGCCUGUCUGCAGAUCUGCGGGAUGGUUCUCACCUGUUGCUUGCACCGGAGGCUCCAGCUGCAUUUUUACUGAUGGCCGACGGCGUCCCCCUCCGACUGCCCCUCGCGAGGACAGGUGCCAGAAUCCCAUCUUCCAGGCCUGCAGAGUCAGUGCCACCUCGCCUAGAAACUCCCAGAAACUCCCCCUACUCUGUGCCCAGCCCCUUCUGAUCCUGUGAUUCUGACCCAGGCAGGGGGACCCAUCCUGCCUGGAAAUGACAGCCAGCGCCCCUCAGCAGGGCUGGGGAUCCCGUGGAUGACAGGAGAGAGGAGGGUGAUAAUCAAGCCCUCGGCUCCCUCCCCGCUCCAGAACCCAGAAUGAAGGUCUGAAAGUUCCAGCCCCCUGGGAUGCCCUCACUGGGCACGUGAUCUCCCCACU